GGUUGCACGUCUUGCGGCCCUCAGGCACUCGCGUGACGAUUAGUAUGUAACUACCCUAACAGUACAGAACAAACGUCAAACUGUUGUCAACUUUCCUAAAAGUUUUCCGAAAGUCCGGCGGUGCGUCCGAAGAGCAGUCCAGCACUUCGGACAGCAACCGCGAACAACAAGCCGAAGCUGUCCCGGCAAACAGAUUCAUCAACAGGAUGUCGGCUAUAAUAUCCAAGCUGACCAAUGCCACGAGCAAAAGUCCAUCGUUGCUCGAAAACAAUCCGAUUAUGCAGUAUUUUGAAGUCAUAAAAGAGAGCAGCUGUGCCGGACCUGAUCUAAUCUGGCGCAUAUAUGACGCAUUUCGCAAAAGUGACGGAAAGGAAUGUUCCGUGUUUGUCUUCGAUAAACGCAUCGCGGAUAAGCUUUACAAGCCGAAGAGGAACCAGAGCAUGCUGGAGCGAAUAAAAACAAGUAUAAACAUUUUGGACCAGCUACGCCAUCCUCGGAUGCUGCAAAUUAUACACUCGCUUGAAGAAGGACAGCACUCGCUGGCAUUUGCUUCGGAGGCAGUGUUUGCCAGUCUGCACAACAUACUUGCUUGGCAUAUCAUCGAAGCUCUAAACUACAUGCAUUACACGAGCAAUCAGAUCCAUCGAAACGUGUGCCCGCAAAUCAUCAUUGUCACCAAACGGGGAACUUGGAAGCUGUUCGGACUAGAGUUUGCAGAAAAUAUCAUAGGGAGGGAUCCGUUGGAAUGCGUGUCUGUACCCCCUUGGUCCAUAAAAGUGGCUAAGAUAACGCAACCGAAUCUGGACUUUUUGGCCCCCGAAUCCCAGAUGAUCGGUCAAUGCAACAUACUGUCAGACAUGUUCUCUUUUGGCUUGGUGGUUUGCACACUCUUCAACCACGGCAAGCAACUGAUCCAGGCGAACAAUAACCCAAUGCUGUACUCCAGGCAGAUUGAGUUUUUGGAACAGCAAGUGAACGCAGUGUUGCCGCGGAUUCCCGCUGGCCUACAAGAGGCUGUCCAACGGAUGCUCUCACGAGACCCGCAUCCUCGACCAACUACUCAACUGCUGCCUCUGAUCAACUUCUUCAAAUGUCAAACCGAGCCGGCUAUCCAAGCAAUGCAAUUCUUGGACGUCAUAACACUGAAGGAUCCUGUGUCGAAAUCAAACUUCUAUCGUGGUGCACUGCUUGAAGCACUCCCGUUCAUACCAAAGAAACUCCGUUGGCAACACGUGUGGCCGAUCCUGCACCUGGAAGUGAAGGCUGGCGAAGUGUUGGAUGACGUGCUGAUGCCAAUCGUGUGGUUGACCAACGAGUCUACAACAGAAGAGUUCGAAACUCACGUCCUGCCCACUUUGAAGAUGAUAGAUUUCAGGCACCUAAUGAGUUCUCCAAAGACAGUGGAUGCGCCCUUCGUACUGUUUGAGAACCUGCAUGUUAUAAUGCAAAAGUGCCCUAGAGAUGAAUUCAACAAGCACAUGUUGCCUCUCCUCUACUUCGCGCUGGAUAACCAGAUAAACACUAUUCAGACGGCAUCUCUGAUAGCUGUACAAAACGUUGCCGAACAAUUGUCUGACGCUGUUUUACAUAACAUCGUGCUUGGUAAAGUGAGGAUUCUGCUUGAGAAACAUUCAAAUGAUGUCAAAAAGAUAAGCCUGGUUCUUGGAUUCUAUGAAAAAGUCAUGAUACGCUUGGAAAAGAAGCAAAUUCUGGAAGAAGUGCUACCUUCGCUUCUGCUUAUGAGGCUCACAGAUCCAGAUAUUACUGCACGGGUCGUCAGACUAUAUAGGUGCAUACUUGUGGACGAAAAAUGUGGAUUAAUUAAUGUGAUGGCUACAAGGAUGAUACCAUCAUUGGCUCCGCAAACUGUCAACCCUGCUUUGACCGUGGACCAGUUCGGAAGUCUCAUGGAGAUCCUCUACCACAUGCUUGAUAAUAUCGAUCAGUACCAGCGCCCCAAACUGAAACAAGACCCGCCCAAGCAUAGCCCUGAGCGUCGUGGUCUGCGCCAUCAGAUGAGCACUGACAAUAUCCCGGCACCACCCUUCAAUAUCCCUAACUUGCGAGUUGAGAAACGUAAGACUUCUAGUGCCGAAGAUAUGGCUCGCAAAAACUCCGUCACUGUUCCGCAAACAUCCACUUCUAAUACGGGAAGUGUGGCCAGUGGAUUCAGGAACCUUGGCCAAUGGUUCUUCGGAUCAAACACUUCAGCAACCAAUGAAGGCAACCAAUUCUUGCAAGUGAAUCAAGUAUAUCCUAACCGUCGCUUAUCGGACAAUACGAUGUUGGCACCUAAAAUCAAAAUUGCUCCAUCAUGCGCUUCCUCCCCUGGAGGAACUCCUGGCGGUGCAUCUGGAUUGCCCACUCGUCGUCACUCAAGCAUUGGGCCUCAAGAGCGCCGCAGCUCUGCUGUGAACUUAUCCCCACCAACUGGUGGAUCAAUGCCGAAUACGUCGUCAAGUGUACCAUUCUUGCUGACGUCGUCGAUGCAGUCGAUCAGGUCCCGGCGUACGUCGGCAGGCUUCAGCGGAUCCCACGGCUCUGGAAUCUUGCAGCAGCUUAGCAGUGGCAUGCACCAGCUGCUUUCCGGGCGUACAUAAAGCGCCUUUGAUUGUUUAUAAUACUGAGGCGGCCUGCGGCGCGUGCGGCUCUUUUCACCACCGCAUCGCGCCCUGCCCCAUUCUCCAGCUCUUGCCAACAUUCGCCCAAUCAUUUUAUAUUCUUCAGAAGACUCGGAGUAUUGUACCAGAUGCAUGCUAAAAUUCAAACUAAUCCUCAAUGAUAUGUAACCAAUACCUAUAUAGUAUUUAUUUAUUCGCACACUCGCAUCUCCCAACGGACGGUGUCGCUUUGCACAAUUUCACAUCAUGUUCACGUACCUACAAUAUUUACAAUUAUCUUUAUAUAUAUAGUUAACUCGACUUUAAAUGUUUCUUACAAAUCUUGAGGGAAUCGUUGUCGAACUGAUGGAUUUCGUUUUUUAAUGAAUUACGAAUGCUAGGUAACGUACACAAACGAAUAGACGAUGACUUGGAUACACACUUAGUCAUGUUACCAAGAAAUAUUAUAUUUAAUUUUAAGUAUAUUAUUAGAUACAUAAUAGGUUAAUUCAACUGUAACGCUCGAAAGAUGAAAAUUCAGCUACAGCACAUAAUACCUACUCGUACCUACCUACCUAUUCGCAAUGCGAUGAACGCUCUAUGUAUAAAUGCUUCGCUCAUUGUCCGCCUGUUGCGACUGUCAGUUGCAGAGAUUUGGUUAGGCUAUUGUGAUAGCGAAAUGUCUCAGUAUUUAAUAGUAGUUACUAAACAAAGCAAUCCGCACAACAUCCGAUACAAUUGCUUCAACCGUUUCAAUACAGUUAUCGAACGCAGUAAGCCUAUAUCAAACGAUGGUGCAUCAACGCUGGUGCAAUCGGUGAUCGUUUUCGCAGAAUGUGCGCUUAGGUCCGUAGCGAAUCUAAUAGGUAUUCAGAUAAGUACCGAACAAUGUAGUAGGUAUUGUUUAAUGCCAUAAUGAUGAUGGAAAUGUUUAUCAGUAAGUUUGUUUUUAUAUUUUUAAUGACGUGCUCAAUUAUUUCAAUAAAACACCUUCAUCGAGUUUCACUUAACUUUAAAUCACUAUCUUGUAUAUACAUUCGCUGCCCGUAAUUUAUCCGAAGUCCGAGUAUUUUAUCGAAAAGCCUGUCUGCGUUGAAGAAGCCGACAGUCAGGGAAUGCGUUUUUAAUCUACCGUUGUGAGUCAUUUAAAAAAUCUUUAUAUUCCUCUAUUGCGCGGAGCGUGAUACUGUGCUCGCCUAUUGCCCUUAGUUUACUUUAUAUUUUUUUACAUUUCACGUAACGGAUACGAUGGGCGACUGGUCGUCCAUUUAGGAGUCAAGUGGAUAUUCAUAUAAAUACUAAACAGUUACCUACCUAGGUAUUUGGUUUCAAUAAUCCAAUUUUAUAAACUAGAUGUAUUACCCUGGAAAAAAGACAACCUGUAAAUGCCCGAUUAAGUAUUUUCACUACUGGUUUUGAUGGAAAUGAUUUGAUUAUAUUUUGAGUACUUACUGAUAAACUAAUAUAAACGCGUCUGUGGUGAGGUGGUGAGGUACGAGUAUCAUGCCACUGUAUUAAAAAAUAGUGUUGUUACCCACUCCAUUAAUUUCACUGUAAGAAAAAAUUAAAGUAUUUAAUAAUAAAGUAUUCGAAGAUUUUUCAUACAGUGAAAUUAUUUACGGUAUAACUUCAUUAUUUUUUUAUUAUAUCAAUAAUUUAUCAUUGCAAUUAUAGAACCACAUAAUGUAUAGAUACGCUUUCAUUACCUUCUUGAGUCAGUCAAAUAACGUAACACAGUUACAAAUACACACACAGUUGACAGAAAAGAUGAUCGUUCUAUUUUAUCUCGAUGAAAAUAAUGAAAGAAUAAGGGCUAGAUCACAUUUAUCUUUGAGAUUUCGCAUUUAUCUCGUGUUAUAUUGUCGCAUUUAUAAGUACAAGUGGAGCAGCUAUAGGUGGUAGCAUAACGCAUGUUUUUUUUUUUGCUGUAGGACGACUACCUCCUACAACCAACCAAUUAAUUAAUAUCGAUUUAUUUAAUUUACAUUUGUAGUUAAUUUAUUGCAAUACCUUUUACCUUUUUCCCAAAGUGCUGGAAUGGCGACCCCGCACUAGUAAGCGCAAUGUUGGCCGACCCCCCACCAGGUGGACUGACGACAUCAAGCGAGUCGCAGGGAUUCGCUGGAUGCAGAUGGUUCAGUAUCGUGAUGUUUGGAAGUCCCUACAAAAGGCCUAUGUCCUGCAGUGGACGUCCAUCGGCUGAUAUGAUGAUGAUGAUGAUGAAUACCUUUUAACACAUUCUUGCUGAAUUAGCAUGAAUGAGCAAGAGCAUUUUGGUCUAGUGGUAGCAUCAUAAUCCUUCUCAUUCUAUAGUAUCGUGUUAAACAGAGAGAGAGAGAUAGGGAUGGAUUCGAAACUCGCACUUGCGAGUUAUAAAAAUAUCGUUACAGAAUAGUAGGCCAGGUGUGAUCGCAGUAAAGGGUAACUGUAGUAACUUGUCAUUGUAUAAAAUAAAAUCUACUGACUUCAUAUUUAUUGGAUUAGAAAUGUUGAAGGUAUGUUUAUACAUAUACCUGUUUACGUUUACCAUGUCUAAUCUUAAUUAUUAUUUGAGAUUAAAAAUGUUGAAGGUUACUUUAUUUCACGCACAAAAAUGCGAAAUUACAGUGAUGAAAAACUGAACAAAUAGCUAUUUCAUUUAGAUAAUGGAACCUUCCAUUGAUAUAUGUGAUUUAAGCCCAAUAGUGGUUCUUUUCCUUUGAAUGUUCCUCCGAGUUGUUGUCAUAUAGAGCGCUGUCAUGCUAACUGCUAAACAUCGAAAAUCCAUCAUCUUAAUACUAUUAUUCGCUUAAUACGAAUUACCUAUUCGUUAGAGAAAGAUGACAGCGCUAUCUUAUGAAUACAUCUUUUCUAUCACUUAUAUUACCUUGCUUAAAGUACGAGAUCCGCCAUAAAAAAUAUAUACCCUCAUCUUUUAUUUUUUGGAGAAAGAAAUAUAUGCUAAAAAAUAUUCACUUUGUGAAGAGGAUGCCUAGUUAAAUUGCGGUCGGAUUAUAUAAAUAAUUAAUUUAUUUUAUUAAAUUUAUUUAAUCUACUUCCCUCAGUGGUUAAUUAAAAAAAAUCGUACACUAGAUAAAAGAAUGUCCAACAGAAUUGAAAACGUAAAGAAUGCCUGGUUUCACACAACAACAACAAAAAAUUAGGGUAUAUAUGUAUAAUAUUAAACCAAUAUUAUUUUAAGAUACUGUUAUAUUACUUCAAAUCAACUGAUUAAGUAAAAUUAAGCUCAAAUUGAAAAUGCAUCAAUUUGAGCUUAAUGGAUUCCAAUUUUAUAACUUUCAUUAACUGCAUUAAAUUUACAUUAUAUUAAAAUUAUGUACACAUAAAAUACGAUUGAUGGAGGAUUUAAAUGUAUGUUGAUGGUAUAAGUAGUAUUAGGGUGAGUCCACAUUACGUAUGAAACUUCUACGGUAUACAACACCUUCAAAAAACUUAAAAUUGCUAUAUCAUUACAAGAUGUAACAAAUCCCUCGAACGUAAUAGUGUCAAUAUGUUUCAGAAUGGACUCACCGUUAUAGAUAUUAAUAAAAAUGUGUGAGAUAUUAUUAUAUCUUGAGCUCACUGUCUUGUAUCGAACAAAUAUUUGUCUCCAUAUGGCCAAUUCAAUUUCCGUUUACGGCCUAUGAGCGCCAACCUUGUAUAGGUCAGAAUAAUUAUGAACAAGAGUCGUGAAUAAAAUAUAUUUUGUCACAUAAAAUUAUAAGUAAAACAUAUAUUAUUUGAAUGAAAAGGUCAAUUUUUUCGACAUACAAAGGUUUCAAAAAUAAUUUUACGGGUUUAUUGUGAGCCGAUUUACAUAAAAUUGAGUCCACGACGUAAUAACAUCUCACUGUAAUAAGUAAGAAUGUCCAGAAAGUGAGAAAUAGGUAAAUAUAUACAAAGUUUGAUAUAAGACUAUCAAAUUAUUAUACUUAUCUUAAAAUCUUAUAAAAAAAAAAUAAUACAAUAAUGAUUUGUAAAUCUUUCGAACACUUGCCUUCAUCGUUACUAACCUUUUAUAAAAUAUAUAUAAAAAAUUCUAUUUAAAUUAUAAAUAUAUCUAUUAUAUGAAGUAAAUUAUACUAAUAAUAUAUUAAUAUAUGGGAAAGAUAUAUAGGAUUUAUUAAAAGUUUAAAUUGAACUGUUUCAUAUGGGUCGCCCCGAAACUUUUUGCACAGUAUUAAUCCUUCUAUGUCAUCUUUAAUCAUCAUUAUUUUCAACCGCUAUUCGGCUCACUGCUGAGCUGAAGUCUCCUCUCAGAACGAGAGGAAUUUCUGAUGAAUUAAGAACCUCCUCCUUUUUUUAACUCGGUUGAAAAAUGAGAGGCUGCGAUAGCCCGACAUCUCAUCUCACCAUACCAUAGGAGCAGGGAACUGCGUUAGGCAGGCCCGGAAUCAAGAGUCAAGACUGUAGUUUUUAGAAGUCCCUAAAAUAUGUGCUGCAGUGAAAUACCAUCGGCUUAUAUGAUGAUGAUGAUAACUAGUACUAUCGUCAUCAUCACACAUCGUCAUCAACCCAUAUUCGGCUCACUGCUGAGCUCGAGUCUCCUCUCAGAAUGAGAGGGGUUAGGCCAAUAGUCCACCACGCUGGCCCAAUGCGGAUUAGCAGACUUCACACACGCAGAGAAUUAAGAUAAUUCUCUGGUAUGCAGGUUUCCUCACGAUGUUUUCCUUCACCGAUUGAGACACGUGAUAUUUAAUUUCUUAAAAUGCACACAACUGAAAAGUUGGAGGUGCAUGCCCCGGACCGGAUUCGAACCCACACCCUCCGGAAUCGGAGGCAGAGGUCAUAUCCACUGGGCUAUCACAGCUCAUCAUCACACAUAGUAUUAUUUUAUUGUAGUGGUAUAAUUAAUGUUUUUCUUUUCUCCCAAAAUAUUUUUAAUCAUUUUGAAAAUAUAUUUAAAGGAUUAAUGCCGUGCACUGCGUUCCGGUGAACUAUGUCCCAAUAUAUGUAAAUCUUUAAAAAUUAAGCUCACAAUAUUUAUCGAUCUACUGUAAAUUACCUGAAUAGGUAGUUAGAAAUGUCUUGGACUAUGCGUGCCUACAUUUUAUUGGUAUUGAAAGUAUUAUAUUGAAGGGAGGGGAGCAACAUACCCUAGGGUUUAAAACAUUAUGGCAAUUUCUUUUAAAGUUUAUGUCGCUUUUAAAGUCUUCUGAGGGUUGUGGUGUUUGCUCAGUGUUAGUUGUAAAUAAUAAAUAGUCACUGUCCGUUUACCAUUUUAAAUUGAUAUUAUCUUUUAACAAAUUGAUACUAACCUUUAAUAAAUUUGUGCUAAGUACCUUGUGAUCUUUCUAUAACUUGUAUUCUUGACUGCUCUGUGUAAGGCGAGAUGAAUGCGACAAUACUAUUGUAACUAAAGCCUCGCGCAGGAGAUGUUGGCGCUCCUAUGCGAAUGCGUAUGCACCUUCGAGUGCGUCCCUGUAAUCUAUAGAACGCAGGAGAGCACCGCGUCAAUAUGCAUAAGGCUUAACGCCUAUUCGCAGAUUGCGACAAAGGGGUGUUGUUAAGUCUUACUUAAAAGUAGAGAAAAUCAAGUUUGAGCUUAUACUAAAUAUUUAUAAAAUAUAUUAUUAAAACUUUCAGUAUAUACAUUUAUUUUUUGUUAUCACCUUUAAAUUUCACGUACCUAUUUGUACCUACUGACUGAUAUUGUACCCAAAGCUUUAAUCUGUCCUUUUCCUUGAAUCAUUAUAAAAUGAACGUCUAUACGCUAUUGUCUUAUCUUCUCUGAUAAAAACGACGAUUCACUUUCGUCAUUACUGUAAUUGAUGUACUUAAUGUUUAAGUUAAAGUCACCUUUGUAUUAACGUUUUUCCUACACAAGCGAUCGUCAAAGUUAUGAGAAGUCAUAGGCGAAGCAUUGUAUUGUAUCUCACAAUUCCGCGUACGUGCGACGAACGCAUUCGCUGGAGAAACGCUAGUAUGUAGGGGCUCUAAUCGGGACCUAUUACACCAUUAUUAAGAAGAUUUUAUAUCCACUGCAGUAUGCAUUGCAGUUGAUUUCCUUUUGGCUGUUUUUCACUGGUGGCGACAGCGUAACUAGAUGGCGGUGGUGAUGGACAGAUGGUGGUAGUCUGGCUAGUGGUGUAAUUGGUCCAUAGGACGUGAGUCCAUACGUAAUAUGUCAUAUAUAAAUUUUAAUCAACAUUUCGAUGUUAUAAUAAGCUAUAUCUUAACCAUUGGUAUAAUAGAAAUCACUUUAGCAUCACAAUUUAUCCGUAGAUACCGGUAACGAUGCUUUACCAAUUAGAUAAAUUAAUUGAUGUACAACAACCACAGUUCCCAAAACACCUACUAGUCUUAUUUAUACCAUGUUGCCGUUUAAAUAAAAAUGCUUGAUGUUCGUGGGAAUUAUUUGCAAGUCUUCAAGAUAAUGUGUGUUAUUUCUUGCUAUACCUACAUAAUAUGUACUUAUAUGUAGUACCUAUAUAAGUACUUGUAGAUAUGACAACACGAAUAUCCUUACACUUUCUUAAUACACAAUGUUAAAUAUAUCUACAUAUUAUAUUUAAGGUAGUUCUAUCUGUGUUGCCAAUAUUUACUAUAUGUCAUGCAUAUAAUUAACACUGAAGAAUCUAAGUACCUAUCUAUUAUUAACAAUUGUUAUCCUUUAGUAGAUUUUAUGUUUAAUCAAGUAGUUGUAUGUCGGUCAAAGACCAGAUUAUGUUAUUAUAUAGAGAGAUAAAGAUUAUAAAAUAACAUUGAUAUUAAUCGAAAUAUUAUAUUGAAUGUUUUAAACUAGAAUAAUACAGGGAGAUCUUUUUUGUUUUGCGAAAUUGUCGUCCAUUUUACCUUUAACAGUACUCUUUGAUAUGAAACAUAUUUUAUCAAUUUCUGACUCCAAAAAUAUCAAAAUAAUAUACACAUUAUUUUCGACAAGCCGCGCGCUAAAUGAAUGGCGGGUGACCUCUGCGACAUGUCGCGUGGUACUGUAAGUUAAAUUCUAUUUAAAAAUAAAUAUAUUUGGUAUACCCUCCUACCUACACCUGUACUACUCAUAGUACGUAAAACAAAAGAACAUACUAAACAAAAAAUAUUUCUGGUAGGCAGGAGGACACUAUAACUUUGAUAUUUUUGAGCAAAUGAAAACAAUUUAAAAUACAAUUUUGAUAACUUAACAAAUACAAUAUACAAAAAUUCGCUUACAUAGCUAAAAAAAUCUUCCUGUAUUGAUAUAUUUUGUUGUCGCUCGCCGUUAAAUUUAUGUAUACGUGGAAGUAGAGAACAAAUAAAUAAAUAAAUAAAGAA